CCGUACGCCUAUGGCCACCCAUGCCUCUACACCCACCUAAAACAAGCCCUGGCUUAUACAAUCAAGUCCUUCACCAUCACACACACAUACAAUGUGCUAGGAUAAUGCAGACACCUGAUGAAGGAGAGUAAAUCCAGAGCUUUUUAAGGCAUCUUGGCCCCGGUAUGACGCAUGCUCUGCCACGCAGUAUAAGGCCACUAGCCCCUCUACACUAGUAGAUGUUGGUGAAGGUCUUCUGCCUUGCUCUGCCGUAUAUGUAAGCACCUCUGGUGAGAAGGUCCUUAGGGCUCCUCACGUUGGAUCCACAUUAUCUAUCGACUCGGCACUAGUGGGAUGGCUGGAGCUCUGGGUGGCUGGAAAAGAGAUUUAUGUCAAUAUUUUACCACAUCCCGCCCCACCCAAGGUGUCGCCCAACAGCAUGAGACUCCUUCACCAAUAUACCAUGGCCCCAGCUCUAAGCGGCUUAGCAAGAUGAGGGCUUCCAAGUACUCUCAGUCAUCCCAAGCCUCAUCAUCAACGUCAACGUCAUACUCUCAAACUGGCUCUCAAGCCUCAUCAGCCAUCUGUCUUCAUUCUCCAGAGAUCGCGCCACCCACGCCUGGGAGUCCUUCACUGAUACCUCGAACUGUACCCACACACAACUACCCAUCAGCUGACAACAAGCUGGAGGUUAAGGGGGUGGAAUUUGAUGUAGAUUUCAACCACGUAUACGUCAGGGGUACCCGUCUCUAGCCAUCCCGAUUGGGUUAUGCUGUCAAACACAAGAGUACUAUAGCGGGUAGCCAAUCGUUAUCAAAUAUAUGGGCUCAUGGACUUCAACUACAGUACACUGAGCUUGACGGCAGCAUCAGCGGAGUGUGGUUAUGUAAGCUUUGUCACCAAGCCCGCUCUAAAUCCAACACUAAGUACACCAUCAACGGCACCUCGU